AUGAACGUAAAUAAUAAUAAUAAUAAUAAAAAUAACCCUAAUAAUAAUAAUAAAGCACACGAUAAUGAUGUUGAUUUAAAUAGGAGUAAUAAUGAUGAUAAUUUUAAUAAUAAUAGCAUCAAAGAAAGUAAAUUGACAACUUUUAAAAAACAAUUUCAUGAAUUAGAACAGCAAAGAUUGCAAUCAAAAUUAGAAAAAAGAAAAAUUUCAAAUGAAGAGCAAAUUGAUCAAUCAAGCACCACAACAACAUCAGAAAUUUUACGUUUAAUCAACAAUAUGUCAAAUGAGAUUGAGGAACGUUUAAAUCAAAUACUCUCAGUUGACAAAGAAAAAAUUAAAAGUGAAUUUGAUUUAUUAGAAGAAAAGCUAUCCGACAUAAAUUCAAUAACAACUUUAAACUCCCAUAUAUUAACUCAAUAUGACAUAAAAUCAAUUUUAGAUAAUAUAGAAAAUUUAAAAAGACAAAUAGAAAAAUCAAAAGAAAAAAAUUUACCAAAACAAAAACUAUCCUUAACAAGAAAAAAACCAACAGCAAAUAAAGCAUCACCCACAAUUACCAAUGUUUCAUUAUCAAAUAAUAUAGAGGAUACAAAUACUCCAAUAACCAACCCAGAUAAAGAACCAAUAUUUAGUUCAAGUUUAAUUUCAGGAUUUAAUAAUGAAACUCUACACUAUCCACCAAAAGAAAACAAUAUUAAUAAUAAUGAAAAUAGUAUAAACGAUUUAUUAAUUUCAAAUUUAAAUAAUUGUAAAAUUUAUUUGGAUAUGAAAUUUUUAACAGCCCUAAAAAUAAAUAAUUUAAAUAACUGCACAAUAAUAGGGUACUCGCCUAUUGAUGGUUCAAUUUUUAUAGACAGUUGUAAAGAAUCAACAUUUGUAUUAGUAUCAAGACAAUUAAGAAUUCAUUAUUGUUUAAACUGUCAAUUUAAUAUUUUUGUAAAAAGUAAUCCAAUUAUCGAAGGUUGUAAAGAAAUGAAGUUUUCAUCUUUUAACUCAUAUUUCAAACAACAAGAAUCUGAAGGAAAUAAUCAACAAAUUGAUUAUUCAAGAUUCUCAAACUAUUCUUUUGAUUUAGAAAAUAAUAAUAUAGAUACCGACAAAUGGAAGAUGGUGAAUGAUUUUGAUUGGUUACAAUCAAGACCAUCACCAAAUUGGUCAAUUUUAAAUUAA